GUUUCUUUAUUUUGUUGUUGUUGGGUUUCUUUUCUUUUUUCUCUUUUUUUGCUGAGGGGGGGUUGGGUGCGAAGGCCUUCCCCCUAGCCUUCUCCAGGAGGGGAGGGAGGCGGGGCCGAGCCUAGGGAGGGCAGGCGGAGGAGGAGCCCGCCCCGCCCCAUCCCGUCCUGCCUGGCUGGGGCUCCCAGGGCUCUCAGCUCUUCUGUGUUGCCGCCCCCCUGGCUGCGCGACCCGGUACCCACGCGUGCCCACGCAUCACGUCCCGCCAUGGCCCCCACGUUCCUCCCUCUCCAGCCUCCGCCACCGCUGCUGCUGCUACUUCUGCUGCUGCUGGGAAGCCCAGGAAGCCUCGCCGAGCCUGGGGAUGAAACCGAAAGUUCUGUCCGUACCCUCCAACUGGAGACCCUGGUCGAGCCCCCGGAGGCCUGCAACGAGCUGGCUGCCUUCGGAGAUACGCUGCACAUUCACUACACGGGCAGCCUCGAAGAUGGACGAAUAGUUGACACAUCCCUGACCAGGGACCCCUUGGUCAUUGAGCUGGGCCAGAAGCAGGUCAUCCCAGGCCUGGAGCAGAGCCUGCUGGACAUGUGUGUGGGAGAGAAGCGAAGGGCAAUCAUUCCCCCUCACUUGGCCUAUGGAAAACGUGGAUUCCCCCCAUCUAUCCCAGGGGAUGCAGUGCUGCAGUUUGAGGUCGAACUGAUCGCCUUGGUACGAGCCAGCUACUGGCAAAAGCUGGUGAAAACUCUCUUUCCUCUUCUGGGCAUGUGUCUGGUACCAGCCCUGCUGGGUCUCAUUGGCUACUACCUGUACAGCAAAGCCAGCAGCCCCAAGAUCUCUAAGAAGAAGCUUAGAGAGGAGAAGAAAAACAAAAGCAAAAAGAAAUAAAAGCUCUUCUAUUUUAUUCA